AUGUACCCUGUCAAGCUUGUCACUCUCUUCCUCUCUGUUGUUUGGCUGCUAAGCCUCGGCGCUAUCACCGUCAGAGGCGUCUCUGGACCAGGAGCGUGGCCCUAUACGCCUUGGAGCACCAACAAAGCCCAAGUGAAGAAUGCGCGGGGCGAGACCGUGACGAUCGUCGGCGCCAACUGGCCGGGCGCGGGCGAGACGAUGCUGCCCGAGGGCCUCCAGUACAGCUCGGCCCGUUCGAUUGUGGAGCGCCUGGCCCAGGCCGGCUUCAAUUUUGUGCGGCACACGUAUGCGACGCAGAUGAUCGACGAGAUCGAGGAGGGAGCCGUACCGGGAAAAGACGUCACGCUUGCUUGGGCGCUCAAGAAUGGACUCGGGCUCGCUGCGGGAACCAACGUCCUAGCCCAAGUCUUGAAGAACAACCCGCAAUGGACCGCAGAGACUCCUAGGAUGAAGAUUUGGAGCGACAUUGCCAACUUGGAACGGGACAAUGGAAUCAUGAUGCACCUCGACAACCACGUCUCCAAGCCCAUGUGGUGCUGUUCUAAUACCGAUGGAAACGCCUUCUUCGGCGACCGAUACUUUGACAUUGCUAGAUGGACCCGAGGGCUAAGCAAGAUGGCUAGAUGGGCAAUCGACCACCCAAAUGUAGCCUCCAUGUCGCUCCGCAACGAGCUGCGGCCCGUCGAGCCCGCAACAGCCGCCGUCGAGUACAGCUGGACGGCAUGGGCGUCCAACGUGACCGCAGGCGCGAAUGCAAUCCACACCGCCAAUAACAACCUGCUCAUUACCAUCUCUGGGCUCAGCUACGACCUAACACUAGCUCCCAUCACGCGCGAGCUGGACCUGAGCGUCGUCGACCAGAAGAAGGCGGGCACGCCGCCAGUCUACUUUCGCAUCGACGACCAUGCCUGGCACGAGAAGGCCGUGCUCGAGCUCCAUUCGUAUGACCACAAGGGAAUCACGACUCCAUGCGACAUCAUCGAGGCUAAUCUCUACAACAACGGGUUCAACGCGCUGGGCAUCACGCCGCCACUCGGAUGUGCAUCGGGUCCCACCAGCAGCACGGUGGACCCGACGGGAAAAGUCGCAUGCUACCCCGCCAAGCGCCUGACGCCCGUCUGGCUGACGGAAUUCGGCCAAAAGCAGACGGAUCCCAUCCUGCAUCUCAACACUUGCCUGAGGGACUUCACCGUCAAGCACAAGAUUGGUUGGGCGAUGUGGGCCGCCGUGGGCAGCUACUACACGCGCCAGAACACGGCCGACUUUGACGAGACGUGGGGGCUCUUUACCCACGACUGGUCUGCGUGGAGGAACCAAACCACAUUCACGGGCUGGUGGAUGCAAUUCAUCCAGCAAAUGAGCCCAACCAAUGUUGAAAAGCCCCAAGCUGCUUCUCCUCCCCCCAAGCUCUCUUCUGUACCUUAA